CCUCGGUGAAGAGUUCCUCAUGUUUACCAUUUCGCGGGAAAUAUGGCGACGGGACGACCACGUAGGAAGUGUGUCUCUGUAUCUUUUGUAGGAGACGAUGACGUUGUUCAACAUAUUGUCCGGGUGGGAGACAAGAAAAGAUCAGGGCGUAAAUCAACUGGCUCAACUCCUUCCCAACGGAAAUAUUGCGCUGAUGUUCAGGACAAUGAAGACAUUACAGAGGAAAGCGAUGAAGAGGUUAUUUGCGGCGCUCCUUCCUUGUUAGAAGGUGACAAGUCUCUAGCAGGAAGUGGAAUGUUCCAGUUCCGUACACCGAAAAAGUCUGGUCAAAUGGCUGCCAAAGCUUCUGAAGCCCGUACUCCUAAGUCUAUACUGAAGACCACACUUACACAAGGUUCUUUGACUCCAUCCUCGACCAGCCGAUCUAGUAAGUCACAAAGGAAACCAGAGACGACCACCCCGUACAAACUAAGGAAACGUAACAUCACAGGAGAUGAUGACAUUGAUUCCGAGUCCAGUAUUUCUUCUGACGAGGAUGACAGUGAAGGUGAGAGUGAAACCACUUCUACAAAGCGUUCACCAUUGAGUGUAAAGGCUAUAGGAAACACUCCCAAACGGAUGCGGCCCCGGGCCCGCGAGGACGAGGAGGAGAUUCCUUCUAUGGUACAGUCCUACUUUGACAUCCAUGCAAGCUCUGCUGUUCACACGUCCGACCGAACACUAGCCCGCCUGGGCUCGGCCAAGAUGGACCAGGAGGGACUAACCAAAGUCUUACAACAAGUAACGACAGCUGAAAACUGUGAGAGUGAAAAGAUGUACCAGGAACACAGGGAGAACUUCCAUACAUGGAUGUUCCAGCUCUGUCAAGGUUUCAAUAUGUUACUGUAUGGCCUGGGAUCCAAACGUACACUUCUUGAAGAUUUCCGUAAAACUCAUCUCUCAGAGCUGUCUCACCUGGUCGUCAAUGGUUACUUCCCAAGCCUUACUAUAAAACAUAUUUUGAAUGCCAUCACAUAUGACAUUCUGGAUUACAAUGGCAGUUUUAAAGGACCGCUGGAUCAGGUGGCUUGUAUACGAAGAGAAAUGGAACAACAAGGUUUUCAAGAUUUCUUCCUUAUAGUACACAAUAUAGAUGGUGCCAUGUUACGAGGAGAAAAAGCACAAAACAUCUUGAGUCUCCUAAGUCAGAUUCCUGGUUUUCACAUUCUGGCUUCUAUAGACCAUAUCAAUGCUCCGUUAUUGUGGGACCAGGGCAAAUGCUGUCGCUACAACUGGCUGUGGCAUGAUGUGACAACAUAUCUACCUUACACAGACGAGACAUCAUACGAAAACUCUCUCCUUGUUCAACAAUCUGGGGCUCUUGCCCUCAGCUCUAUGACCCAUGUCAUGAAGUCACUCACAUCGAAUGCCAAAAGUAUCUUCUUCCUUCUGGCUAAACAUCAACUCUCUAACAAAGACAACAGCACAUAUCUUGGUCUGUCUAUACAGGAGUUGUAUCAGCAGUGUCGAGAGGCCUUCCUUGUUAAUAGUGAUCUCACCCUGCAGGCACAGCUUAUCGAGUUCAGGGACCACAAACUCAUCAAAUCUAAAAAGAGUUUUGAUGGCAUUGAGCAUCUUCUGAUACCAAUAGAUUCUGGAACCUUGGCAGAAUUUAUAGAUCAACAAGAAGAGACCUGAGAAAAUGAACCUCAUUAAAUUAAUAUGAACAAUGGAAUAAUUAUCACUUUCAUAGAUUGGAGGCUGGCAUAUACAUGUAUAUCUGAAUCACUUUCUAACAGAGAUUUGUUUUAUCAGGAACUCCUGGUGUUUUCCGAGAAAGCAACAAGAAAUAUUAAACUAAUAUGGGAGUAUUUUAGAACUGGCCCUAUAUGACAACAGUUUUUAAAGACUAAUUGAUAGCAUCUUGGUCGCUUUAAGGAUAUGGUACAUGUAUACAUAUAUGAAAGUACAUGUACUUGAAACAGUUUCUUGUUCCUGAUGUGCCAGUGAUACAAAUACAUGUAUGAUUGUUAAGUCCAUUAGAUAGUGGACUGGUCACAUCAUCUCUCUCCUCGGUGGUGUUAAGGUAUCGGUACAUCUGUUUAACAAUCGUAAACCAAUCCUUGUUUUCUCUUUAUCUUGAAGUGUUGAAAGAGCUUUUCUCAAAUUCCCUGUUUUCCUUUGGUCUGAGGUAGUUGAUCUGUAUGAACAACAGUGGCCAUCUUACAGAUUUGAAGAGGAUUAUCACUAGUUUGGUGUAUCUCAAAAUGCCAACUGAGUUUAGGCUAUGGUGUGGCAACAGUUGUCUUUAACGGCAAUAUUUGUAUUCACAAUUGACUUCUGAAUAACCAAGAGCACUAGUUGUGAUAUUGUGACACUAUCUUCCUGGGAUGAACACUACAAAAAGUGCAUAAAGAAAUUACCCAUAUUCAAGGUCACAGGUGAUAACUUUGCUUAAACACUUAAAUGAUUUGCUUCUUAAUUUUGCAAGGCUGCUGAUUGUGAACUACACCAGCAUUGAUUCCACUUGUUAGGGUUGUGUGUUCAGCAGGUGCCUAAACGUGUAUGUAUAUGUAUUAGUGUGUGGGUGUCGAAGCAUCAAUGAAAGCUGUACCUGAUGUUCCUGUACAGCUGGACGAGAGUAAAAAAUAAAUGUAAUGAAUUACUGAAAACAUGUUAUUUAUGAAAUGAAAACUUGAACAGAAA